AUGCAGCUCCGCAUGCCCAAGCCCAAAGGCGAGCCAAAGCGCACCAAGCGCCCACCGAUCGUCUCGACCGCAGACGCGCCCCCGUGCGGCAUCUGCGAGAAGCAGAUCAGCCGCUACACCUGCCCCAACUGCAACCUCGCCUACUGCUCCCUCGCCUGCUUCCGCGACCCGCAGCACCAGGCGUGCGUCGACCACUUUCAGCGCGCGACCCUCGCCCAGGACCUCGAGGGCGACCCGCACCAUGCGCAGCCGUCCAGCUCCGACAAGAACCGCAUGCUCGACAUGCUCAAGAAGUUCGAGGACCAGCAGCGCGAGCUCGACGAGCUCGAGCGGCAGGACUCGCUCGACCACGACCACGACGACGACGCGGCGGACCAGAGCCCCGAGGCCGUCGCGCGUCGCAAGGAGCGCCAAGAGCUCGAGAAGCGCCUCGAGGGCUUCGACCUCGACGCCGUCCCGCCCGAUCAGCUCCUGUCGUUCCUGUCGCCGUCGCAGCAAACCGCUUUCUCGGCGACGCUCCUCGACCCGGCGCGCCUGACCAAGCUCGUCGAGGACCAGUUCGAGGGCGACGAGCCGUGGUGGGUCGAGGAGGACGAGCUGCGCGUGCUCAAGGACAUGCGCGACACGAGUCGGCGUGCGGCGAGAGAGGCCGGCGGGACGGUCGAUGGGGAGGGUGAGGGCGAGGGAGCAAGUGGCGGAUCGGGCGACGAGGACGAGGACGAGGAGGACCCGAUGCUGCGGCCGCCUGUGCUGCACCCAGAACAGCUCCCGCCGCUCAAGGUCGGGCCUGACGGCCGACCACUCGUCAGCCCCAAGCUGCUGCACAACAUCGCCGCCGUCCUGUUCGCGUACGCCUUCACUCUGCGCACCUUUUCGCUGUCGUCGUUCGCGUCACUCCCUGUCGAGUCGUCCGAGCGCACGACGGCGAUCCAGGUCCUCGCGAGCCUCGUGCCGUUCCUCGUCGAGCGGUCGACGGCCGCGUUCGACGACCUCGAGACGGCCGUCGAGGCGGUCGUGCAGCAGGAGGAGCAGGGCAUGCCGUCCCCGCUCGUCGCCCUCCUCCUGCAGGACGUCUCUGCGCUCCUGCGCCCCAAUCCCGUCGCCCUCAUCUCGCCAUCGUCCUCCCCGCUCGCCUCGCACGCCCUCUCGGCCGCGCUCCACGCCCUCUCGGACGUGCACCACCUCUUUGCCGUCGCCCUCUCGACCUCAACCCGCCGCGCGCCGGCCCCGCAGCACGCGACGCACCAGACGGGCGGCGCCGGACCGACCAUCACCAAGCCGCUCAUCUCGCGCCCGUCGACGGCGGCUGCGCUGUCCAAGCCCGCGCGGGCCCAGUGCGCGCUCGGAGGGGCCAAGGCGCUCUUUUACGCGGCGUUGCUCGGCGCGCCGCAGGGGGCCGGCGCGGGCGUCGUCGAGGCGUGUGGGGCGCUGAGCGGUGAGGCGCGGGAACUCGCGGGGAGGAGGGAGAGGGAGGAGAGGGAGAGGGAGGGCAGGGUCGAGCGGGCGAGGGAGGAGCGCGAGCGCAGGGCGGCAGGAGAGGAGGAGGACAAGGUCGGCGCGCCGGGCAAGAAGGUCGCGUUCCAGGAGGACGCUCGAGGAGGACGACGAGUCGGCAAGGACGAGGGCCCGCGGAUCGUCGAGCUGUAGCUGCACAGUCAAGCGCUCGAGCCGCCGGUCGCCUC